AAUUGCCACCUUGGCACAAACAUGAUUAUUGAAUAUGAUAUUAUUUUUCAACACACAUUUGCAUGUAUUCAAUCCCCAUAAGUAAUAUUGACUUGUGUCUGUGGCAUUUAUUUGAAAGGAGUAUUUUCUGAGAGUGGACAACAUCGUCUUUGCACUGUGGUUAGAUAAGUUUUAGCAGCAUUGGAAGUUGAUAACUUCAGAAAUGGAUUGAAUACUGACUGAUAUUUAAAAUUUAAUCUGUAAAUAUGGUCAAAUGUUUUUUGGAAGAUUUAUCCCAUUUUUUGUUGUUAUAUUUUGAAGAAAAAAAUUAGAUUUUGCUGUUUUUAUAAUUUCUGGUAUGUAUUAUGAUCUUUCAGUAAAAUUUCGUCUAAUUCCUGUAGCUUUCUGAAUUUGAAGAGUAAAUGGAUGAGGAUAUAAUAUCAGAUGAGGAAUGGGAGUUGGCUGAUAAACUUCGACAUUGUUGCACACCCAUGGGUGAUGAAAAAGAAACAAGUUUGAAGCAAUCUUCUGUUGCUUUGUUUGAUAUGGGGAAACUGUAUCUGAAUAAAGCAUUUAAUACCAAAGGAAUGAUGCAAAAACUAAAUUUUAUAAAAUGUGCAACUUUGCUUCAUGGUGCAAGAAUUCGUUUCGAAAAACUGUUGAAUGACAAUGAAAUGGGAAGUGAAGUGAGGAAAGUCCUGAAUAUUAUGGGGGAUUCAUUGAUACAUGCAUGUGGAGGUCAGGAUUAUGACAUUGGUUUCUUGGAAGCCUCCUGGAAACUCGAAAUUUUUUUGAAUGAGCUUAGAGAGACUGAAAAGGGGAAUUUGGAAAAGUUGGAGAUCAUAACGAAUGAUGUUUCAGAAUCUGAGCUGUGGGAAAAACGUGCAAGAAGGAUAAAAGUUAUCAGAAAAACUUUGGAAAGAAACACAUCUCACUACAAAGCUAUUAUGUGUGGAAUAACUAUUGAAUGCUAUAUGAUACUUGGAAAACCCCCAUGCAAGUAUGCAAUCGUUGGACUUGGUUCUCUCGCUCGGGAGGAAGUAACCUUAUAUUCUGAUUUUGAGCAUGUGAUCAUAAUAGAUGAUGCGGUGAAAGAGUUAACCGUUGGCCAACAAGAAGAAAUUCAAGAAUAUUUUCGUUGGUUUACUGUUAUAUUUCAAAUCCUCAUCAUUGGAAUUGGUGAGACAUUUAUCCGAAGCGUUGGUGUUAAGAGUCUCAAUGAUCUUUACUCUGGAGAUGCGUCAAAAAAUUGGUAUUAUGAUAUGUUUACUCCUUCUGGAAUAUCUUUCGAUGGAAGAGUUCCACACUCUUGCAACAUACCUCUUGGUAGACAAGAAACAACAAAAACUCGGAAUAGCAAAGUUGAGCUUAUUCAACCUGCAAGUAAAAUGGCAAAAUUUUUAACUUCUAACGAACAUCUUAAAAAUGGAUACUAUUUGAGUGAUCUCCUGUCACGGACAUGUUUUGUAAUCGGCGACACGGAUUUAUAUGAGUACUUUAGAACAAAGACAUUUGAAACUCUUGGUACCGAGGAUUCUACUAAGAGUGUUGAAGAAUGGGAAGAGAUGUUAGUACCAAAAAGUGGAACGAUUCUGAAUAAUUCGAUGUCUGGUGCAAUAAAGACAUUUUGCGAUAUAAAAACCAUGUUUUACAGACCUGUGACAGCAAUAUUAGCAUACUGGGCACGAAAAUGGCGCUUCACGAGUGGAUCAACAUUUGACUGUGUUUUACACAUAAAGAAUCACCCAAGAGCCGAGGGUUUACCGCUGAAAUGGUGUGAUCGAUUAGAAUAUACUGUUGCUGCUGUUUGUGAAAUGAGGUUAAAAGCAUAUGCCACUGGUAAAAACCAGAGGCUAAAGGUUUUACGACAGGAUGUUGAUAAAUUCGUUGGAAAUAGUACUAUUCUAUUCUGCUGCGAUGUUAUUCACGAAUUAUACGCAACUGUUGAGAGCAGUGAAUUAAAAAAUACUAGUCCCCCUGACAACGGUUGCCUUCAGGACUUGCCUCCAACUCUUAUAGAGGAAAUCAAUGAUUGUAGAGCACAGGCUCAACAUCUAAAUAUCAUGGGACAUCACAAUGGUGCUCGAAUACUACUUGAGAGUCUGGCGGAGAGAAGGGACUUGGGACAUUUGGCUUUUGAUAUAAGACUGUCCUUAGCUCUGACAUAUGUGUUUUUGGGAGACGAGUUGGCAGAAAUGAAUGAAAAUCGAAUGGAGUUAUUCACGAAAGCAGAAAACAUUAUGUCAGAUCUUAUGUGCUGGAAAGAAUUUUGUGGUAAUGCAUAUGGCAGAGCAACGAUUUGUGCAAAGUUAGCAAGUAUUUAUUUUAACCAAAAUUCCAUCCCUAAGAUGGCAUCUGUUCUCAGGCGAUGGUUUUCGGCAUUUUCAAAUGAUGACAUUUCUCUCAUUAAUAAACAGCUCCUGCUCAUGAGAGCACUUGAUGCAAUUAAUGAGUUAGAACCUUGGGAAAUCCGAGAGUAUUUUGUAAAAGUUCUUACUGAAGAUGAGGAUUUGCUAUCAAAAUUAAUUCUACAACUAGCUUUGGCGUGUGCUGACCUAUCUGACGGUAGUGCGGAAGUAGCUCGUAGAAAUAUACUGGAAAUAUUUGAAAAAUGUGAAGAAAAUAUAGGAACUUUCGACCAGGAUUUACUGGAUCGUUUUUUGGAAAGAGUAAUUGAAAUUCAAGGUAAACAAAUGUGGUUGGUUGACUCUUUUUUGACAAUGGAACUUGUUUCUGGGAUGCGAACCAGUCAAAGAAGUGCUGUGGAUAACACUGAUACCUUCAAGUUAUUCACCAACCCUGUGCAGCGCCUCCUUCUUUUUCUUUUUGCAUCGGAAACUGAAAAGAAACAAAAGCGUAAAAUACGUUUGGCAAAGAUGGAUCAAACCUAAUGAAGGGGAUAGUCGCAUCAUUCGAAUUUUCAAUUCAGCACUUCACAUGCUUUCUAAAUAUGACGUUGUGAAUAGUUCCAAGUUGUUUUGGAAAUUGCUGCAUUAUACCAACUGCGACAGGAGCUUGAAAAGAA